AAAUGAUCACAAUUAUCUUAUACCACUAAUACCACGUACACAUGAUUUUUUUUCUAACCUAAAAUCUAACCAAAACAAUAUUCACUUCUUCUUGAAUUCUACUUUGUGUUUUCGGCGUAUUCGGAUUUUCAUCCAAGGUAAUCUUAGUUUAUAUUAAUUAUUAAAACUUUUUAAAAUUAUUAAUUAUUACGGUAAGUUCUAAAUUUUAUUAUUUUAAUAGACGUUUGUAAUUUGUGUUAAAUUUGUUGUGUUUUGACUUCAACGGUAAUGUCAACCAAAUCCAAACUCCUUUCUGACAUUAGGUUUUUAUUUAAUAGUCUUACAUAUUUUGUACUAUUCUUAUGUAACAAACUUACACUUAUGAAACAUCUUACUUCAUUAACAAAUCAUUUAAACAUAAUUAUGUUUUAAAUGUUAUGUUAUUUAUGAACUAGAGGUUUUACUUAGUUGGGUUAUUUUAACCUAUACUUGUUUACAUGCUUUUUCAUAAUGACUAUCAUCACUUUAUUUUAAUAACAUUGUAAAUCAUUUUAAAGAAAUGUUAGAAUUUGCUCAAUUUAGAUAAACUCAAAUUUAUUCAAAUAGUUUUGUCAAAAAUAACAAAAAUGUAGGAACUGUUGAUAAUUCAAUUAAAACAAGUGUCUUAACUUAUGUUAUAUUUUAUAUAAAAUACUUUCAUUUUUAAAAUAUUAAUUUUUUUUCAUAUUUUAGAUGAGGACCAUCAACGCUAAUCAAUCUGUGAAAAUCCCUGAAGGUAUUGAUAUCAAAGUCAACAAAAGGAUUAUAACUGUCAAAGGGCCCCGUGGUACAUUGGAAAAAAAUUUCAAACAUUUGGCUGUGGACAUUUAUUUAAAAAAUCCAAAUUUGUUAACUGUUGAAAAAUGGUUUGGCACCAAGAAAGAAUUGGCUGCUGUUAGAACUAUCUGCACACACGUUGAAAACAUGAUCAAGGGUGUAACCAAAGUGAGUACUGUGAUAUAAAAUUACUUAUAAAUUUUAUAUUUUUUGCAAAUUUAUUUUUUAUUUUUUAGGGUUUCUUAUACAAAAUGAGAGCCGUGUAUGCCCAUUUCCCCAUAAACUGUGUAACUUCUGACAAUAAUUCUCUAAUUGAAAUUAGAAACUUUUUGGGAGAAAAAUAUAUUAGACGUGUUAAGAUGUCGCCAGGUGUUACAGUAACUAACUCAAAACAAAAAGACGAGUUAAUUGUUGAAGGAAAUGACAUUGAAAAAGUGUCUCGAUCAGGUGAGAUAAAGAUUAAUUAUAUAAUGAGCAAAACAAAAAUUAUUAAUUAUGAUUAAUAUUUUUUAAAUCAUUAUAUUUUUUAUUUCAAUAUAAUAAUGAAGACUUGUGUUCAAUAUUUAAUUAAAUUUAAAAAAUUAUUUUAUUUUGUGUAUUUAGAGGGUUUGAAUUCAUUUAUUCACAUUUAACUAUUUUUUUUAAUGCAAUGCAAUCAUAAUGCAUGUUGAUAAAAUAAUUUUAAGCUAAAAGUAUAAAAAAUUUAUUAACAUUACACCUCAAUGCUUCACCAAUUUUAUACAAACCUAUUGAAAUUAUUUGGCUCUCUUGAUAAGCUUGUAUUUGACUCGUAUGUUUAAUUUUACAACUACAUUUUCUGAAUAUUAUUUAUUUUUAAUUUUUAUUGUUCUUUUAAAUUAAGAAAAAAAUAGAUUUUGGACACAUUAAAUACAACAAAAACACUGAGGAAAACAUUUAUUAAGUUGCAUAUUAAUGUUUUAUUACCGUUACAAGAAUGUUGGAUUUACAAUAAUAUUUAUUUAUUUUUUCUGUGAAUAACUUUUAUACCUGAAAUUUUGUUUUGAUUUUCAAAUUUAACCUUUCUGAAUUGAAAUUUUUGUGUGGUAGUACUUUGGAGAGAACAUUUUUUGAUUUUUCCAGGGAUUUUGAUAAUAAAUUGGAGAAAACUCGAAAAAUUAUGAACUAUAUUAUUUUCAAAUCGUUAAUAUUACGGCCUUUAAUAACAUGUGUAACCAAACUUUGCUCAGAAUAGUUUUUUUUGUUAAAAAUGAUUAAUUGUUGCGUACAGAUAAACAUUAAAUUUUCGUUUUACCUUCUCUAUUUCUCACCUACAAUUGUGACCCACCCAUCGUACGAAAUAUGUCGGUUUUUUGUUUAUUCCUAUACUAAUGGAAAGCCUAUAAUAAGAGAGCGGCCACUGGUGUUGUCAUUUAUAAUAAUUUCACGUUUUCAAUGAUGCAAUUUUAUCCAAAAUAUAUUUUCAAUUAACAUUUUAAUGUUAUAAUAAUUGUUUUCAAAUAGUAAACUAGUUUGGGUUUAUGAUAUAGUAUUUGCGUAAUUGUAUUAGUUCAACCAAUCUAUACUCAAUUCACUUUAAGAACAGUAAUUGGCGGCCAUACGUUUUCCGUAUCACGCCCAAGUGCAAAACGUGGCUGCUGAGUACCGUUCUUAAAGUAAAUGGUGUGUAUAUUUUUAUCAGUUUAGAGGAUGUGAUAUUUAAAUUUACUGCCACAGUCGAACUAAAGGGCAAAAUAGCAAAAGCCUGCUUAUAUAAUAUUAUGUAAUUAAGUUUUAAAUUGUUAUUAUUAAUUUCUACCUUUUGUAAGCAUUAAAAUUAUUCAAGUGUAGGUAAACAUCCACUUACACAUGUGUGAUAUUUAUUACUAAAACUAAAUCAAUAUAUAUUUCAAUUAGGUUCAUUCAUUAAAAAUUUUAAUAAUCUAUAAGUGGGUUACUUGGGGCAUCUGGUUGAUUUUUAUUUUUCAUUUUAAAAUAAUAUGUACGGAAUUUCUCUCCUUUUUAUUAUUUUCUUAUAACAUAUUAUUGUUUUUGAAAGAUCUGACCUAUCACUUAAUUAGAGUUGGCUGUAAUAUUUUCAGAUAAAAUAGUAUACAUUUUCCUAAAUUUAUCAGCUGCUGGAUUUGGAUGUUCUUAAUUACAGCUGAUAGAAAAUCCGGUGGAGGUAAAGUAGUCAAUCAAAUUCUCUUAUCAGCGAUCCACUAUUUUUUAGCUGAUUGACUAUAAAACCAGAUGGAUUUGUUUGUGCUAAGUCAUUGAUAUGAAUAUUUGAUAAGGUUAAUUAAUUUAACUUUAUAUUAAUCUUUUAGAAGUUAAAAGUAUUAAAGUAUACAAAUAUUUACAAAAAAGGAAUCCUAUUUAUUCAUAGAGAUAUAAUAUACUUAAGAUGUAAAUUAAUACUCAUACAGUCUGGUUAGGUUAGAUAUCACUGUCAUUCUUAAAAAUAAUUGCUGAUAAUCAGAUUGAUCUCUUUUCACCAGCGGCUGACUAAUCUGCAGAAUUUAGGAACACCCAGAAUAUAUUUAUAUUGAUUACUGAAAAAUUGAUUGAAUGUUUCUUAAAAAUUACUUCUGGGAAUUUUGUAGUAGCUAAUAAAAUAAGUCUUCAUAAAUUAUAUUCAGUUCAAUAAUAUCAUAAUCAUAUUCUUUUUUUUUUUUAAUCAUUAAGAUUACUGUUCAUUUUUGAAUAGUUUUUAGAUUUUGAUAACUAAUGAUUAUUGUUUGUUUUAGCUGCUUUAAUUCAACAGUCGACUACUGUGAAGAACAAAGACAUCCGUAAGUUCUUGGACGGUUUAUAUGUAUCUGAAAAGACGACUGUUGUACAAGAAGAAUAAACUUAAUAAUUGUAUAAGUUAUAAUUGUGUUUUUUUUAUUUAUGAACUAUAAGAUUCUUUGCUUUUCCCUAAUCCCUUUUAUCAGUUGGUAAUUUUCAUUAAAAAAAGUUAUCGAUACUAAAUUUAUGUGGUGUGGCUCUUAUUAAUUAUUUAUAAUAAUAUAAAACUUGUUGUGUAACCUAACCAGCCCGGUUACUUAAUAUCUAAUAGUAUCUAGUAGUUGUUAACAAACAAUAAACCAAUACAUUUGUUGCGUUCUGAAUCUAAUAUAUAUUUUUUAAUUUGAAGAAAC